UGGCUUUCCUUUGCUCAGAAACCAUUAAUGGGAAGUGAACAUUUGUUAAACCUGAAGCAGAUCGUCAGUGAAUGGACCUAAUUGGAUGCUUUCAGCACAUCAGUAAACAUGAGCGGUACCAAACCUGAUAUACUGUGGGCGCCACACCAGGUUGAUAGAUUUGUUGUCUGUGACUCAGAACUGAGCCUUUAUCAUGUGGAAUCUACUGUGAAUUCAGAACUUAAAGCUGGAUCUUUACGUUUAUCUGAAGACUCUGCAGCUACAUUACUAUCCAUAAAUUCAGAUACACCCUAUAUGAAAUGUGUCGCAUGGUAUCUCAACUAUGACCCUGAAUGUCUCCUAGCAGUUGGACAAGCAAAUGGUCGAGUUGUACUUACAAGUCUUGGUCAAGAUCAUAAUUCAAAGUUCAGAGAUUUGAUAGGAAAAGAAUUUGUUCCAAAACAUGCACGACAAUGCAAUACUCUUGCAUGGAAUCCAUUGGAUAGUAACUGGCUGGCUGCUGGUCUGGAUAAACAUAGAGCUGAUUUUUCAGUGCUCAUUUGGGAUAUUUGCAGCAAAUAUACUCCUGAUAUAGUUCCCAUGGAGAAAGUGAGACUGUCAGCAGGUGAAACUGAAACAACAUUACUCGUGACUAAGCCACUUUAUGAAUUAGGGCAGAAUGAUGCAUGUCUCUCUCUCUGUUGGCUACCACGUGACCAGAAACUUCUCCUUGCGGGUAUGCAUCGUAAUCUAGCCAUAUUCGAUCUUCGGAAUACAAGCCAAAAGAUGUUUGUGAAUACAAAAGCUGUUCAGGGGGUGACAGUUGACCCAUAUUUCCAUGAUCGUGUUGCUUCCUUCUAUGAAGGGCAGGUUGCAAUAUGGGAUCUUAGAAAAUUUGAGAAGCCAGUUUUGACUUUGACUGAGCAGCCGAAGCCCUUGACAAAAGUAGCCUGGUGUCCAACUAGGACUGGUUUGCUUGCUACUUUAACAAGGGAUAGCAAUAUUAUUAGAUUAUAUGAUAUGCAGCACACACCUACUCCCAUUGGGGAUGAAACUGAACCCACAAUAAUUGAAAGAAGUGUGCAACCUUGUGACAAUUACAUUGCUUCCUUUGCCUGGCAUCCAACAAGUCAAAAUCGGAUGAUAGUUGUAACUCCCAACCGAACAAUGUCUGACUUCACUGUGUUUGAAAGGAUAUCUCUAGCUUGGAGUCCAAUUACAUCUUUAAUGUGGGCUUGUGGUCGACAUUUGUAUGAAUGUGCGGAAGAAGAAAAUGAUAAUUCUUUAGAAAAAGAUAUAGCAACAAAGAUGCGCCUUAGGGCUUUAUCAAGAUACGGACUUGAUACAGAACAGGUGUGGAGAAACCAUAUUUUAGCUGGAAAUGAAGACCCACAGCUCAAGAGUCUCUGGUAUACUCUGCACUUUAUGAAGCAGUAUACAGAAGACAUGGAUCAGAAAUCUCCAGGCAACAAAGGAUCAUUGGUUUAUGCAGGAAUUAAAUCAAUUGUGAAAUCAUCUUUGGGAAUGGUGGAAACCAGCAGACAUAACUGGAGUGGGUUAGAUAAGCAAACUGAUAUUCAGAAUUUAAAUGAAGAGAGAAUUUUAGCUUUACAGCUUUGUGGGUGGAUAAAAAAAGGAACAGAUAUAGAUGUGGGGCCAUUUUUGAAUUCCCUUGUACAAGAAGGAGAGUGGGAGAGAGCUGCUGCUGUGGCCUUGUUCAACUUGGAUAUUCGACGAGCAAUCCAAAUCUUAAAUGAAGGGGCGUCUUCAGAAAAAGGUGAUCUGAAUCUCAAUGUGGUAGCAAUGGCUUUAUCAGGUUAUACAGAUGAGAAGAACUCCCUCUGGAGAGAAAUGUGCAGCACUCUACGGUUACAGCUGAACAAUCCCUAUCUAUGUGUCAUGUUUGCAUUUCUGACAAGCGAAACAGGAUCUUAUGAUGGAGUUUUGUAUGAAAAUAAAGUUGCUGUACGUGACAGAGUGGCAUUUGCUUGUAAAUUCCUUGGGGAUAGUCAGUUAAAUAGAUAUAUUGAAAAGUUGACCAAUGAAAUGAAGGAGGCUGGAAAUUUGGAAGGAAUACUGCUUACUGGCCUUACUAAAGAUGGAGUGGACUUAAUGGAGAGUUAUGUGGACAGAACUGGAGAUGUCCAAACAGCAAGUUACUGCAUGUUACAGGGUUCCCCUUUAGAUGUUCUUAAAGAUGAGAGAGUUCAGUACUGGAUUGAGAAUUACAGAAAUUUAUUAGAUGCCUGGAGGUUUUGGCACAAACGGGCUGAAUUUGAUAUUCACAGGAGUAAAUUGGAUCCAAGUUCCAAGCCUUUAGCGCAGGUGUUUGUGAGUUGCAAUUUCUGCGGUAAAUCUAUCUCCUACAGCUGUUCAACUGUGCCUCACCAGGGCAGAGGUUUUAGUCAGUAUGGUGUCAGUGGCUCACCAACCAAAUCUAAAGUCACAAGUUGCCCUGGCUGUCGAAAACCCCUUCCACGGUGUGCACUUUGCCUCAUUAAUAUGGGAACACCUGUUUCUAGCUGUCCUGGAGGAACCAAAUCAGAUGAAAAAGUAGACUUGAGCAAGGACAAAAAAUUAGCCCAGUUUAACAACUGGUUUACAUGGUGUCACAACUGCAGGCAUGGUGGGCAUGCUGGACAUAUGCUUAGUUGGUUCAGGGACCACGCAGAGUGUCCUGUGUCUGCUUGUACAUGUAAAUGUAUGCAGUUGGAUACAACAGGGAAUAUGGUACCUGCAGAGACUAUUCAGCCAUAAAAUGUUACACUUAAAAAGAAACUUUCAAGUGUGGAGCUUUCUAAUAGAUGUCCUUCAUAGUUCAAAAACAUACCUCAGAACAAGUCACUCAUGACUUAACUGUAAUGGGAAAAUAAAUCAUUCUAUCAAAUCAGCAAUUUGAUGUUUGAGUGAAUUUGAUGUGCUUCACAGAGACAAGUGCUGCUGAAAUGAGCAUCAGAAUGUGGGCAUGAGUUCUACUCAGCUGAAAAGUUUGUUUUGGAAGACUUUCUUGGGUUUUGUUGAAAUUAUGAAUAUUGUGCAAGCAGAAUUUCUGGAAACAAGAAAAGACCUUGAACCUGUAUCUUCCAAGCUGAAACUGGAUAUCUUUCAAUAAAAACUGUAUACUUUUAAAAUAGAAUAAAGUGACUGGCUCAGUGAUUCAGAUGAUAGCUUAAGACUAUUCUAUGUUUAGAUCCCUUUCAGAUGAUAUUUAAACCAUGGAAUUUUACUUUGCGUAUCACCCUAUGUGACAUUGAAGAUUACAUUUUACCAAUGUAUGAUUGAUACAUAUUUUUAAAGAGCCUUUUUCUUCAUACACUUCUAUUUUAAGAAUAAAUCUUUUGGCAUAGACCAUAAUUGUCUUCCUAUAAAAGCCAAAAUUGAGAUUGUAUCUUACAGAUUUUUCUCUUCUGGAGAGAAAAAUAGUAUUAUUUUAGGAGAACAUGUUAGAAAAUUCUCAGUGUCAACCUUUGCUUUCUUAUGUCAUGAUUUGGCUUCAAAUAUUUUUUCCCCUAUUUAUUCAUCCUCUUACAGUUACCUGAGACAUUUUAUUGAACACAAAGUCUAUGCAAGAUUAAACGUGACCAAUCAUUCAACCUAAUUUAUGUCAGAGUGUCCUACUGUGAAAUAUCCUCCUUUUUUGAAAUUCUACUUUUUUCCAAGUAGACUGAGAUGCUGGAAGAAUAGAGAUGACUUUGGGUACAAUUUUGCUUUUAAUACAGGUUUUUAAAAAAAGCGUAUUUGGGUGCAUUUAAUGACUUUUGAACAUUUUUUUUUUUAGUUCCCUUUCAUAGCUAAAUAGAUGUAAAAGAAAUACAAAGGAUUUGUAGUAUGUAUUUCAGCUACAUAUGCAGAGGACUGAACUGCAUGUCAUAGUUGAAGCUGUAUCCAUAGAAAAAUAGUAAGCCUAAAUGUAGUUACUUUCUAGAUUUUGGAGAAACUAAAAAAUUUUUCAGGGGCUUUCAUGUAAGCAGUUUUAUCUGAUGAAACUAAGAUCUGUUACAUUAAGUGUGACCUAAAUACUGAACAUAAGUGGAUAAAAAUUUUUUUCUUUGAGGUAUGGCACAAUAAGCCCUUUUCUAACUAAACAUUGCAUAUCGACUCUAAGUGUCACCAACAUGACAAUCUUUGAAAGAAUUGGAAAUGGUAUUUUUUAAUGUUUUUCCAGUCUUUUAUCUUUUAUUUUACUUUAUUUACUAAAGCUUAACUUUUAAUGUUGCUUCAAUUGAAGUAUUAGUUUUCA